AUGUCGAAAGGAUUCUGGGAACAAAUGAGAGGGUUCCCCACAUGGCAAUUGUCAUUGAUUUGCCUAAUUAGACUAGGGGAGCCCAUGGUGUUUACGUCAAUUUUUGCUUACAUAUUUUUCAUGAUUCAAGAUUUCAACAUUACUGAUAACCCCGCCGAAAUUGCCACUUACGCAGGGUACUUGUCGUCUUCGUUUGCAAUUUGUCAGUUCUUGUUCUCCGUGCAGUACGCACAAGCUUCUGUGAAAUUCGGCAGAAAGCCUGUUUUGUUAUUUGGUGUUGUGGGGACAGCGAUUUCAAGUUUAUUGUUUGGAUUUUCAAAGAGCUUCACAAUGGCCAUGAUAGCUAGGUGUUUGAUGGGUGCAUUGAACGGGAACAUAGCAGUGAUGAGAGUGGCGAUUGGCGAGAUUGCUGUAGAAAAGAAGCAUCAGAAUAUGGCGUUUACAGGAUUAUCUGUGAUGUGGGGUAUUGGACUGAUAAUUGGACCUGUAAUUGGAAGUAGUCCUUUGCUUACAAAGCCUGGGGGAGUUAAAGAUCAGCUCAUUGAGACACUGAGCUACGAUGAAUUCAUUACGAAGCACCCUUAUGCAAUGUCCAAUAUUGUGUUGGCAGGAUACCUUUUUUUCAGUUUCAUAUUGGGAUUCUUAUUUCUUGAAGAGACAGCGGAAAAGUUCAAAAAUAGAAAGGAUUACGGGUUGAUAAUUGGUGAUUGGAUAUUGAGGAAACUAGGAUUCAAAGUUCCAGCAAGACCUAAGGGGCUUGUUUCCGACAUUGAACAAGUUGAUGAAAGAGAAGAGUUGUUGCGUCCUGCUGAAAUUUAUGCAGCUGUUGAUGGCGAUGGAGGAGAAAAUGAUGAAGAAAUUGACAGUCCAUUGGUAUCGCGGAGAUUUGGGGAUGCUGCUAGGCGUAGAUACUCGUCCGAACAACUCGGACCUGUGGUGUCUGAUGAUGGACAUUCAGUAUCUACAAAUGCCGGUCAAUCAUUCUCAAAAGAGGUUUUCACUGUACCCGUUGUGCAAACAGUGUUGUCCAAUUUUUUACUUUGUUUCCACACGGUGUUGUAUUCCGAGUUCUUGCCUGUAUUACUAGCCAGCCAGGUUCUGGUUGACAAAUUGAGUUUCCCAUUUCGAAUAGUUGGUGGGUUUGGGUGGCACACAAAUGACAUUGGUUCAUUAUUGUCGUCAACUGGAAUUAUCGGUAGCAUUGCUGUGAUUUUCUUAUUUCCGGUAUUGGAUCACCACUUCAAAUCGAUAACUGUUUUGCGAAUGUCAUACGCAUUGGUACCAAUAGCGUACGCUAUAAUUCCAUAUUAUUUAUUCACAACGCAUGAUUACAAUCCGGCAAACCUGGAAUGGUUAGCAACAAGUUUGUUGUAUGUCACAGGAAUGGUAAUCAGUGCUGCUGUCUCUGUGAGUUUUCCAACAACUAUGAUCUUGGUCCAUCGCGCUUCACCUGAAAAGCAUAGGGCUUUGAUAAAUGGAUCAAGUUUGAGUUUGAAUUCAUUGGCAAGAGGAAUAAGUCCAAUCUUAUUUGGACAUUUUAUGACCUGGUGCAAUGAACGUGAAAUUGGUAGUGUUCCGUGGUUGGUGUUGGGAGCACUUGCGCUAAUUUGUUUUAUUCAAUCAUUUUACAUGGAUGAGUAUGACGAGGAGGAUUAG